GGGGUGAGAAGUCUGAGAACGGCGUCGUUUCCGUCUGUAGCGGGCUGACGGCAGUGGCAGCAGAAGCGGCGGCGGCGGAUACUGGAGCGGGGGUCACGAGUCAGUCCCAGCUCCCGCUCGUUCUUCCGAGAAUAAAAUGUUUAUUUCCAUGUGGCAGUACUUGUAUCGACAUUUUUUUCGAUUUUGGAUGAAGUGGAUCUUUCGGUUGGUCACCAGAAAAUGUGAACUGCAACGUAUAUGUGAGGGUUUUGUAGGUGGAGAAAGAACAUACAAGAUAGAAAAUGCUUUGGCCCUCUCAAAGAAUCAGGUUUUACAAAAUGCUACAUUUGUCAAUCACAGUAAAGUAGAAGAAUGUGUAGAAGACAUAAUGAAGGAAAAGAAUAUUAACCCCAAAAAGGACCGAAGGUUUAAAACCCGCAUGAAAGCAUGCUUAUUACAGAUAUCUGGCUAUAAGCAGCUCUAUUUGGAUGUGGAAAAUGUGAGGAAAAGUCCUUAUGAUUCGGAUAACCAGCACCAUGAGGAACUUCUAAUGAAGCUUUGGAGUCUGCUGAUGCCUAAUGAAAAACUGAAGGCUAGAAUCACCAAGCAGUGGUCUGACAUUGGUUUCCAAGGUGAUGAUCCCAAAACAGACUUCAGAGGCAUGGGCUUGCUGGGAUUAGUCAAUCUUGUGUAUUUUAGUGAAAAUUAUACCAGUGAAGCUCGUCGGAUUCUAAGUCAUUCAAAUCAUCCAACUUUGGGAUAUUCCUAUGCAAUAGUUGGUAUCAAUCUGACAGAAAUGGCUUAUAGUUUAUUGAAGAGUAAUGCUUUGAAGUUUCAUUUCUAUAACUCUGUUCCUGGUAGUGCAACAACGGAACACUUUCAUCAGUUUUAUUGCUAUCUCUUCAGUGAGUUUGACAAAUUUUGGUUUGAAGAAGAGCCAGAAAGCAUUAUGUAUUUCAAUCAGUAUAGAGAAAAGUUUCACGAAAAAAUUAAGAGACUUCUGUUGGAUUACAGAGUAGUACUUACCUUAAAGAUAUGAACAGUCCUUCGUAUCUUCUGAUUCCUACCACGUUUUGCACACGAAAUUGAAUUUCUAUGUUGUAAUGGAAUUUCUCUGACCGAUUUCACUUGAAACUUUAACGAUAUAACUUUUUAUACAUAAUUUCUUAAAAAAAAUUUCAGAAAUCCUCUUUAAGAAAGCUAGUGGACAAUCAGUGUGUGUUUACAAUUAUUUAUACACUGCACUCCAAAGGUAAGUUGCCCUUCCAAAGAUCUCCUCUGUAGGUUCACAUGAUCUAUAGCUGGGGACUUGGGACUUAACCCUUUUGGCCAAGAAGCAUAAAUCAGGUAUUUGUACUACAGCAGGUUGAUUACCUUGUAGAAUCACUACCUUUUCUCUUAUGCUGAAGACUGUCAGGUAGGUAGCAACAAGAAAGUCCUUUUAGGAUAUUAUUUUUUUUUAGAAAUUUCUAUCCCUACUCCUUUCCUCAUUUUAUUUUUGUUGGUAAUAGACAACCAAAGUAGUGGGGUAGGUUGUUCAUUGUCAUUAGUUUCCCAUUAUACUUCAGAAGGUAUCAUUAUUGUAAGCAAAAAGGAUACUUAGAUGUCUGAGGAUUAAAAAUCAUUUCUUGCUGGGCUUACUGACAGUUGAGUUCAUAAAAUAUACUUCAGAAGAAAAGCAAUUGGUAUUUGUAAGAUUUUUUUCCCUCUACACACACUUGAGAAGUAUGAUUUGUUACUUUGCUUGGAGCUCAAAAGGAUUUUCUGAUCUUCAGAAUCUGAUUAAUCCAUAAAUCAUGAGUAUGUGAUCUUUGCAGGAGGUUAUUUUUUUUCAUAAUCCCUCUUUUUUUAUCUAAAUAUGUAUUUGAAGUAACUUAUUGCCAAGAAAACCUUAGUCAUUUUAUGUGAAAAUAACCCCAAACUAUACUUAAG